UGCACUCCGGGUGGAAUUGGACAACUACCUGUCAGUGUGUAUAGUAUUGCGACAUUGAAGUAGGCCAACGUUACUGUAGUUCCGAUUGUUAGAAAUACAGUUUGGUUAAAAGUUCUCGAUUGUCCUGUAAAAUAAGACAUUUCGUUCUGGUGGUUUAAGGUUGGUGUCUGGCUACAAUUUUACGGGAUCAUUUUUCUGACACACUUUCUCGUGGACAGCGGGGGUUGUGGAGGCAGCCGGCAGCAUGGCCCAGUGGAACCAGUUGCAGCAGCUGGAGACCAGGUACCUGGAGCAGCUGUACCACCUGUACAGCGACAGCUUCCCCAUGGAGCUCCGGCAGUUCCUCGCCCCCUGGAUCGAAAGCCAGGAUUGGGCGUACGCAGCGAACAAGGAGUCCCACGCCACGCUGGUGUUCCACAACCUGCUGGGGGAGAUUGACCAGCAGUACAGCCGCUUCCUGCAGGAGAACAACGUGCUCUACCAGCACAACCUGCGGCGCAUUAAGCAGCACCUGCAGUCCAAGUACCUGGAGAAACCUAUGGAGAUCGCCCGCAUUGUAGCCCGCUGCCUCUGGGAAGAGCAGAGGCUGCUGCAGUCCGCCACCACCGCCGCACAGGACGGAACGGCGUCUCACCCGUCUGGCACUGUGGUGACGGAGAAACAACAGAUCCUGGAGCACAACCUGCAGGACAUCAGGAAGAGGGUGCAGGAUAUGGAACAAAAGAUGAAGAUGCUUGAGAAUCUCCAGGAUGAUUUUGACUUCAACUACAAGACCCUUAAAAGUCAGGGUGAUAACCCACCCAACUCCUCUCCUAUUUGCUCAGAGUUGUCCCAGGACAUGAAUGGGAACAGCCAGGCGGCAGCCACCAGGCAGAAGAUGUCUCAGCUGGAACAGAUGCUGAGUGCUCUGGACCAGCUCAGGAGGCAAAUUGUGACUGAAAUGGCAGGGCUGCUGUCAGCCAUGGACUUUGUCCAGAAGAACCUGGCAGAUGACGAGCUGGCUGACUGGAAGAGAAGGCAGCAGAUUGCCUGCAUCGGAGGACCACCCAACAUUUGCCUGGACCGCUUGGAGACAUGGAUUACUUCCCUGGCUGAGUCUCAGCUGCAGAUCCGCCAGCAGAUCAAGAAGCUGGAGGAGCUCCAGCAGAAGGUGUCCUAUAAGGGAGACCCCAUCAUCCAGCACCGGCCCGCUCUGGAGGAGAAGAUAGUGGACUUGUUCAGGAACCUCAUGAAGAGUGCGUUCGUGGUGGAAAGGCAGCCUUGUAUGCCCAUGCAUCCAGACAGACCACUGGUCAUCAAGACAGGUGUCCAGUUCACCAACAAAGUCAGAUUACUGGUGAAGUUUCCAGAAUUGAAUUACCAGCUGAAGAUCAAAGUUAUUAUUGAUAAGGAAUCUGGGGAUGUGGCUGCCAUUCGAGGGUCCCGAAAGUUCAACAUCCUAGGUACCAACACCAAGGUGAUGAACAUGGAGGAGUCCAACAACGGCAGUCUGUCAGCAGAGUUCAAACACCUGACCCUGAGGGAACAGAGGUGUGGCAAUGGUGGCAGGACCAACAGUGAUGCCUCCCUGAUCGUUACAGAGGAGCUCCACCUCAUCACCUUUGAGACCGAGGUCUACCACCAGGGCUUGAAGAUCGACCUGGAGACCCAUUCUCUACCAGUGGUGGUCAUCUCCAACAUCUGCCAGAUGCCCAACGCCUGGGCCUCCAUCCUGUGGUACAACAUGCUGACCAACCACCCCAAGAAUGUGAACUUCUUCACCAAGCCUCCGGUGGGAACGUGGGAUCAGGUAGCGGAGGUGCUGAGCUGGCAGUUCUCCUCCACCACUAAGAGAGGCCUGACCAUCGAGCAGCUCACCACCCUGGCUGAGAAACUACUAGGGCCGUGUGUGAACUACUCUGGAUGCCAGAUCACCUGGGCCAAGUUCUGCAAAGAGAACAUGGCGGGUAAAGGCUUCUCUUUCUGGGUAUGGCUGGACAACAUCAUUGACCUGGUCAAGAAGUACAUCCUGGCUUUGUGGAAUGAAGGGUAUAUUCUGGGUUUCAUCAGUAAGGAGAGGGAGAGGGCCAUCCUGAGCCCUAAGCCUCCUGGCACCUUCCUGCUGCGCUUCAGUGAGAGCAGUAAGGAGGGAGGCAUCACCUUCACCUGGGUGGAGAAGGACAUCAGUGGGAAGACUCAGAUCCAGUCGGUGGAGCCUUACACCAAGCAGCAGCUCAACAGCAUGUCCUUUGCGGAGAUCAUUAUGGGAUACAAGAUCAUGGACGCCACCAACAUCCUGGUGUCUCCGCUGGUCUACCUCUUCCCAGAGAUCCCCAAGGAGGACGCCUUCGGGAAGUACUGCCGACCGGAAGCUGCUCCAGAGGCUGAACUCGGAGACCCGUGUAGUACCAUUCAACCAUACUUAAAGACAAAGUUCAUCUGUGUAACCCCGUGCCCUUCCGUGUUCAUGGACUUUCCGGACAGCGAGCUGCUUGGGAACGGGAUAUUCCCUGGCACUAACUCUGGUAACACCAGUGACCUGUUUCCCAUGUCCCCUCGCACCCUGGACUCGCUGAUGCACAAUGAGGCUGAGGCCAACCCUGGCCCACUUGACUCCCUCACUCUGGACAUGGAGUUGAGUUCUGAUGUGGCGUCACCCAUGUGAAGAGACGAAUGAGCUAGACUCAUUUUAAAUCUUUUAACUCCCCGUUUUAAAAAAAAUAUAUAAUCCACAUAUAAUCCUCUGUCCCAUAUUGUGAAAGGGAACAAGAUACAUUACAUUUAGCCACUUGUUUUGUUCUUUACCUUUCACCUUAACGCCUAAAAACACACCUAGUGUCAUUGCGCAAAAUGGUACGCAGAAUUAUCUGGAUAUGUGUGUAUCAAAAGUUAAACAUUCACCUUCUGCUACCAUUUCUGUCAAGCCAUCGACGCAUACAGUUUGAUGCAUAUGUUAGAUAAUGGCAAAUGUAGCGUUCCAUUGGAAAGGAAUGUACUUUAGGUGUACCAAAAUGCAAUGACGUUUCGAAAAGCCACGUCUCAGUCCCUGUGGGUGUUUCACAAAGUACCUUAUUUAAAUUGUAGAUUUUUUUUUAUACAAAAGUAUAUAUUUUUUUCCUUGACUUUCUUUUAAAAUGGUUUUUAUCUCAACCUUCAUUUAUGAACCAGCGCUUUUGUUUUUAUAAGAAUGUCUAAAGAGGAAGAUUGCUGUCUAGCUUUUCAAAGAUAAGUUAUUUGUUAGCUUCAUAGUUCUCAAUUACCUAUUAUAUGAUAACCUUUUUGGUAGUCCGUCUGUGUCCCAUGUCAUUCUCUAUUGAAGGGGACACCUGUAUCUUUAUUUUUAUUUGAUUGAGAAAUAUCCUGGUCCAUUCUUUCCGAUUUGUAUCUUAUUCCUUAUUACAUAUUACAAAAAACCUGCAUCUAGAAUCUCACUAACACGAGUCAGUAAUAUAUGUUUGUAAAAACCAAGGAGAUGAGAACCAAGGUGACUAGUGAAUUUGUUAAUUGAACAUUCAUUCAUAUAGGUAGUUUGUGAAUGGCGCUUGUUUUUGUUUUAGGUGUCUGAAAUGGCAUUGAUAAUGGCAGGAUAUUUCUCUGACCUUCUCUCCUGUCUCAGCCUGGGCUCAGCCCUGCUCUCAGCUGGCAGGCAGCAUGUCUCAGUUGAAGGGAAGAUACUGAUUUCUUCCCUGGAUUGUAAGAGCACAUUGACGUUUGUCAUGAAUCUUGCCCUGAGCAAUUUCCACUAGCUGGACCAGCUGCAAAUUCAAAAUUGGCGACGUAAAAAUGUAUGAAAAGAAAAAUUCCCUUUUUUCCCCUUAAUUUAAGGUUGGGGUUAUCAGUGUGGGUUAGGGUUGGGAUUAAAAUCUGAUUUUAUGACUGUGGCUGUGUCAGCUUGUGACCACUGCAGAGCUCCCUCCAGGACAAGAUUGAUGACAAUGAAUGCCAACCUGUUAUUGUAGAUAGAAAUGUACAUUAUUCUUUGGUGUUUUGAAUUCAUACAUACCCCCUUGUCCUUCAUAGUUUGUCAUAAUGAGAAUACCAUUUGUUGUUUUCAUUAAACCAUAACAAUAGAGAUGAUCAUUGCCGCAGUACUGCAUUAGUCUUUGCCUAAAUGGUUUAUGUAGUGCCUUUCUCAUACCGUAUGAAUGAUUUAUUUUAAGCUAACACUUCUUGUAUGUGUUGACCUUGUUUUUUUUGUAAUUUGCAUAAUGUUAGUAUCAGUUUCAAGUGAUAUUUCACUAUUCUGUUUGACUGUAUAUGCGCAUGAUGUGAUGCCACAUCACACACAACACCACACUUGUCCAUCACUUCCUGACUUAAGUGCUCAGUUGAAUCGGUAAUUGAGUUCACUCUGUAGAUGUUAUUUGAAAAAAGAUAUCUGUAAAUUAUGCUGUAAUUAAUCUUCUAUUUGUUUAAAAAUCAUAAAAACAAAAAAAAUUAUAUCUCAUGGA